CAUGCUUUAAUAAGACCCUAAGCCAGAUUAGAAUCUCAAAAUAUUACUUAAAUCAGAAUUUAAGUUAGAAAUACCUAUCUAGCCGAGAUGGGUUGAAAGAAUUGUUCCUUUAAAAUAUAAUUUAAUUUUUUUAUAUUUUGAAGGAGGAUCAUAUCUUCAAUAUAAUAUAGAAAAAAACAAAUUUAUGGUAGAGGGAAGGAUUUCUGAUAAAAUAAAAUUUUUCCAUGAAGUUUACACAGAGUAAUUUUUUUUAAUAAUUAAUAGAGUUUUGGUUUAUCACGAUACUUAGGAUCUUUCUCUAAAAUUAUUAGACUUAAGAGAAAAUAUAGUCAAUCCUAAUUUCUCUGUUAGAUCAAGUGACAAGAUAGAUAUCAAGAGUGAUGAAUCAAGUAGAGAAAUGAUUAUAGAUAGUAACAUAACAUUUAAUAUUUAGAAUAUCGCGUAUUCUUUCUUGAUUGUGAAGAGAAAGGAAUUAAAUAUAUGAUAACCUAGGAUUUAGAAAAGUACUACUCAAAUAAUAAUGUCUGCCAUUACACAAUAAGAGUUUUACCUCUUGAAUAUGAUCCUUAAACAAAAUUUGAUUUAUAACCUAUUGCAAAAUAUGAUUAUCCUAAUAGUCUUGGAUAAACAGAGUUAUACUUUUGGUUAGUAGAUAAAGAAACUAUAGCUGUUUUUGGAUAAGACACUGACCAUAAUAAAUCUGAAAUACUUUUAAUAAAACCUCAUUUAGCUGAAAAGGCCUUUUAUAUUGUUCAUACAUAAUUUGCUUGUUCAUACACAAUCUUGAACGUAUCAAAUUGGGUUAACCCACAUCAAGUGGCUAUUUGGGUCAAUUGUAAUGAUGGUACCACAAAACCAAGCAUUUUUACUUUUGACUUAAGAAAUUAUUAUGAUGGCAUAAAUUGGUUACCUGAACCUGAAUUUACAUCAACUUUGGUAAUUAUUUAAACAUAUUAAUCAAUUAGGCUAGAGAUGAAUAUAUUAAUGAUGAACCAACAGUUUUUAUGGAUAUUUAUCAAUUUAAUUUAGAUUCUACUUAUGCAAUUCAAAUUAGACAAGUUGGAAAUGAAGCCAAAAUAUCUAUUAUCAAUUAUGAAAAUGUUUAAAAACCAGAGAUUAUUAAUGAAGUUGCUGUUGAUUAGUUUUGGAUUGUACCAUCUGCUGACCAUUCUUACAUUCUACUUUAUAAUGAUAUGGCGUAAGCAUAUAUGUCUUAUUCUUAGAAUUCAAGAUCGAAUUGUCAAGUUCUAAAUUUUGUUUCCAGCUGAUGCAAGACAUUAAUUAUUACAAAUUAUUGAAAAAGCAAAAGUCAUUGAAAAAUAUGGUAUCAAUAAUGUUGAAGAAAUAUUUGAAUUCUAUUAAUGAGU